CAGACAACCCCCAUUAAUACGAUACAUUGAACAAGCAUCAACGAGUCAACGACCCUUCUCAUAUAUCCCUUCGCAUUCCCGCAUUUCUCCCACAUUUCUCCUUCAGUUCUGAUCUCCGGUCCUGUCUGAACAUCCGCCAUGUAUACUCUCAGAAAAAGAAGUAAACUCUCGUAUGCUUUCUUGUCUAUUUCAGCCAUUGUCUUAGUCCUACUCUCCUCAAUAACCCAUUUAAAAAAGAGCCCCAAAACCACAGAUAUCCCCCGCAUACACCUCCACAAGCACAUCCAAGUCGCCCGCACAACAUGCCAUGGCACACUCUACCCAGAACUAUGCGUCUCGACCCUCUCUUCCUUCCCAGAUCUUGCUUCCAAAUCACUCCCACAGAUAAUCUCAGCCAAUGUAAACCACACCAUGUACGAGGUCAAAGGAUCCUUCACAAACUGCACUCGCUUGCGAAAGAAGCUCAUCAAGACUCUCGUUCUCUUUCAAAGGAGAUCUCUCGACGAUUGCCUUGAGCUCUUUGAUGACACCAUUGCCAAACUUAAAACAACUCUCUCCGAUCUCUUCCCUGAUAAAUUAUCAGUCUCCAAGCAUUACCAUGAAGGUCAAACGUUGCUAAGCGCCGCAAUGACGAACCAGUACACGUGCCUUGACGAGCUGGUUUAUAGCAAAGCAGGAGUGGGAGACGAAAUCAAGAACAGCUUGUCUAAUAUCUCUCAGCACCUAAGUAACUCCUUGGUCAUGCUCAAGAAAAUCCCGGCCCCCGGGGUUAAAACAUCCAAGUCGUCCGAGGUUUUCCCCGGCUAUGGAAGCAUGAAAAAUGGAUUUCCUUCAUGGGUUUCAAAGAAAGAUCGAAAACUGUUGCAAUCGUCUGUGAAUGAGACCAAAUAUGACUUGGUGGUGGCUGAGGAUGGCACUGGAAAUUUCACCACCAUUGGUGAGGCAGUGGCUGCAGCUCCAAACUCAAGCACAACCAGGUUUGUGAUAUACAUAAAGGCCGGGGCAUAUUUUGAGAAUGUGGAGGUAGUGAGGAAGAAGAUCAAUUUGAUGUUCAUUGGUGAUGGGAUCGGAAACACAGUUGUGAAAGCGAGUAGGAAUGUGGUGGAUGGGUGGACCACAUUCCAGUCAGCCACCGUAGCUGUGGUGGGGGAUGGAUUCAUAGCCAAGGGCAUAACCAUUGAGAACUCAGCAGGGCCAAGCAAACAUCAAGCCGUGGCCUUAAGGAGCGGUUCAGAUCUCUCAGCAUUCUACCAAUGCAGCUUUGUUGGCUACCAAGACACCCUCUAUGUCUAUUCCCUCAGACAAUUUUAUCGCGACUGUGACAUCUACGGCACUGUUGACUUCAUCUUCGGUAACGCUGCUGUGGUUCUCCAAAACUGCAACUUAUACGCCCGUAAACCAGAUGAGAAGCAAAAGAACAUUUUCACUGCCCAAGGGAGAGUUGACCCUAACCAAAACACAGGGAUCUCAAUAUUAAACUGCAAAGUCACGGCCGCGGCAGAUUUAAUCCCAGAAAAAUCCUCCUUCAAAACAUAUCUAGGCCGUCCAUGGAAAGAGUACUCUAGGACCGUUUUUCUUAAAUCCUACCUUGAUGAUCUGAUAGACCCUGCUGGAUGGUUGGAAUGGGAUGGCACGUUUGCAUUGAGUACCCUUUAUUAUGGGGAGUAUAUGAAUGGAGGUCCGGGCUCAAAUACAAGCGCAAGAGUGACGUGGCCAGGUUAUAGGGUCAUCAACAGCUCAGCUGAGGCAAGCCAGUUUACGGUGGGAGAAUUUAUUCAGGGAAACGAAUGGCUGAAUUCUACCGGUAUCCCUUACUGUGUCAGUUUGUGUUGAAGGUAGAAAAUAAAGCCUCUUCUUUUGUUUUGGGGAGAGUAUAAAAUAAAUCCUCGAUCGUUACAAUUUCUUUUUUGGGUUUCUAAUUUUGACUUUUAAAUUCUUAGUUAUUCCCAAUUUUCAAUUGGGUCUUUUUGUGUAUUUUUCGUCCAAGAACAGUCAAAUUUUAAUUGGAGCAGUCCUUGUUAAAUAAAUAAAUAAGGUCAUAUAUUGCA